CCGUUGUCGAAGCUCUUGUACGCUUGUUAGAACACCAUCCCGUACAAAAUGUUAGCCUUGGGUCUCGUCAAAAUAUGGAACAUACAAUGUCUCUGCUUUCUUCUCUUUAAAUCGAUGGUCGUGUUCAAGUUGACUCUGACUUAGUGGACAUUGGAAAUAACGGCGCUUAAGACCUUCAUGGCUCAUAAUUGCAACCAUGGAUACUAAUCGUGACGAUAGCAGCAGCGUGCGCUUCAACGGAUGACGCUGGUAUGGAAGCUGAUAUGCUUCAUUUUGGCAUGUUGCUUUGCUCUCACGGAGGCGCAGCUACCGUCGCCGGAUAGCUGCGCGCUCUCCGGUGGCUUCUUGUCGGACCUCUACCAAAGCUGCACCGCCAACAAUGCCACUUCUCAGCGCGACGGCCUUCUUGGCAUGUUAUCACAAUGCGGGAAUACGGACAACCCAGGCAUCAUAUCCCUUCGCCUCCUCGCCGCCUCCUCAGCCCUCAUGGACGCCGCCUCAAACCGCACUGCCCGCUUCUCCGCUGCCACCGGAGUCCCCGUGUCCAUGCAGCUGGGCUCCCUGCCCGCACCCGCACCCGCACCACCACCGCCACCGCCACCAGUACCAGCAGUGCUCCCACAGCAGCAGCAGCCGCCCAGCCCGCCUGGCCUGGCAGGUGGUACGGAUAGUGGUGGUGGUGCUGCGGCGGUGGAGGGAUGGGAUGGCUGGCUGGGCUCAGCUGCGGAGCUGGGAGGCGCAGCGGAGGCAGGCUCGCUGCUGCCGCUGGACUCGCUGGUGCCCCUCGACUCGCAGCUGGACUGGUCGGGCCUCACCUCCAGCGUCAGGGCGGCGGUGGAGUACGACAGCCAGGUUCUGGCGCUGCCGCAGCAGGCCACGCCGCUGCUGCUGCUGUACCGCCGCGACGUGCUGGCGGCUGCGGGGCUGGCGGGCGCAGUGCCGCGCACGUGGGUGCAGCUGCUGGCGGCGGCGCGGCGGCUGCACGGGGCCGACCCGCUGGGGGAGGGGCGGCCGCUGGCGGGGGUGUGCGCGAGAUGGUACCAGGGCUGCCCCGGCGCUCUGGCCCCCUUCGCCUACGGUAUCCUGGCUCCCUACCUGCAGUCGGAGACACAGAAUCUGGGUAUCCACUUCCACUUGCACACCUCCUCCUCCACCUCGGCUACUACCACCACCAACAGCAGCAGCACUCCCACCACCACCACCUCCACCACGCUGCUAGCCCCGCUGCUGGCCUCCCCAGCUGCCGCGGAGGCGCUCGACCUGCUGAUGCAGCUGCGCCAGGUGGGCUGGGACCCCACCGCCCCCUCCUCCUCCUCCGCCUCUAACAGCAGCAGCUCAGCCUCCAGCGGCACCACCACAACGGACGGGGCAGACACCGCCGCGACUGCUGCUGCUGCUGGUGGCGCUGCGGAGCUGUGCGGGGAGGCGGUCACUCAGGGCUUCCUGCAGGGCCGCUGCGCCUUCAGCCUCUCCACAUUUCGGGACUUCAAGGCCGCCAGCCACUCCUCCUCCCCCGCCACCCCCCUGCGCGGGCACCUGGGGGCCGCACCCGCCCCCGGCUCCACCCGGGUGCUGCUGCGGGUCGCCGACUCCUACCUCCUCUCCGCCGCCUCCUCAGCAGCUCUUGCUGCCGACGACGCAGCCUCUUCCUCCUCCUCCGCUGCUGCUGGUGCUGCCGUACCUGCUUCCGUGGCUGCCAGCCUGGCCCGCGCGGCGGCGCUGCCUCUGGUCAACUGCAGCCGCGCGCGCUGCCCCCUGGCGGACAGCGUCACGAAGGACGAGUACGGCGUUGAUCGGCAGGUUAACCGAGCGCCGUACAUCCCGGCCAGCCUCAUGGCCGUGAGCAGCCUGAACCACUCCACCACCACCGCCUCCACUGCUGCCGUGACCUCCUCCGCCGCCUCCGCCUCCUCCUCGCCGCUGUCUCAGCUGCUAAGUUACUACCUGCUGUCGGAGCUGGCCUCCCCGGCCGCCCAGCUGCAACAGGCGCUGGACCCCAACACAGACGCCGCCCCCCUCCGUAAGGCCCAUCUGGAUCCCUCCCUCUGGGUGGCAGCCGGGUACGACAGCUCGGAUGCAGCUGCCGUACUGGCCGCCAUGCAGACCACCCUGGAGCAUGCCAACCCGGCCUACCAGCUGCGCAUGAAGGAGCAGGAGACGUACGGUCGCAUCUUCAGUGAGCUGUUAGACUCCCUGCUGGCAGCGGACGGACGCAACCUCACCAGUCUCCUGGCCGCCGCCGCGACAGCCGCCGCCACGGCCUUCGACGCCGCCACAGACCCCUCGUUAGCGCUGUCGUACAAACGGUCAACAAAGCGGUCGAGCACGACGACUCAUGGGUCAGUGCCGCCGCCGCCGCCGCCAGCGGCGCUGGCGGAUGAAGGCGACGUUGGACCUGGUGGCGCAUUGCCUUCUUGGGGCGUUACUACGGUUUCGGUAGUCGGGCUGUUUGUCAUCUUGGCGGCAAUCGUCCUGAUCGUACGGUACGGCCGUAUGAUACGGUUUCGGCGCUACAAGUCCCGUACGGCUCCGGGGCCGGGACCCGACACAACGCUGUUACUGUCAGACAUCGCCGACAGCACGGCUCUGUGGGAGGCGCUGCCGGCUGACAUCAUGGACCGAUCCGUUCGGCUGCACAGCAUGGCUGUACGACAUCUACUGCUGGAGCACCGGGGCUUCGAGAGCGCCACGGAGGGGGACGCCUUCAUCGCCGCCUUCGACAGCCCCCUUGCAGCGCUCGCCUUUGCAUGCGACCUGCAGGUGGUUAUGUUGCGGUUGGAGUGGCCCGAGGAGCUGCUGGAGCGACCCGAGGCGGCGCCUGCGUACGUGGUGCCCGCAGUGGCGCUGGCCGCCAACCGGAGGCGGAGGGGCCCGCCGGAGACGGGUGUGCGCACCAGCGCCUGCGGAUCCGGUCCAGGCAGCCCAGAGGACGUAUCCAUCCACGCCGGCCAAAGCGCCAUUGACGGCGACUGCUCCACCCGCAGCGCCUUCACCACCAGUGCCAUUCCCUCGCCGGCACUGCCGAAUGUCGUCGUCGUCGGCGGCGGUGGUGCUUAUAGUAGUAGCGGCGGCGGCGGCGCUUAUGGCAGCGUCUUCGGCAAUGGGUACGGCGGCGGCUAUGGCGCCGUCAUCGGCAUCGUGACCGAGCGAGCGAGCCCCGCUCAGCCGCCCACUCCGGGUCGCUUCUCGCCGCGAUCGACGUCGCUGUCGCCUCCGCUGCCGUACAACGUUUCCACUGCCGCUGGUGCUGCUGUCGGUGGCACUGCUGCCGUUGUCGCGGGGGAAUCUGCCCACGAGGUGUCCCUAGCUUCGUUGGCGGCUAACGGGUCGGCGUCACUCUCGGACUCCGCUCCGCCCGCCAGAGGCUUGCAAGCCGCUGUCGGGACGGAUCACCGAGACUGGAUACUGGUUCCCCCUCACAGCCACCAACAUCACAGCCAGCACCAGCACAACAACCAGCACCAGCAGCGUCCGCACCGUCCGCAGCGUUCGCUGGAGGAGCGCCGACCUCCUCAACAGCUGCAACAACACCGUGGGCUGCUACGAGGUCGCAGCGCAACCAUUUGGGACCCCGGUGCAAGACAGCAUGCAGCUUCAAUCAGCCAACAUGCAACGGCGCCUCACCACCACCUCCCCAACUCUAUCAGCGAUACCUCCCCUUCGCGCGCGAUCAGCCCCGUCUCUGACGGCAGCGCCGCCACCGCCGCGGUGGCCACUGAGACUCACCGAAAAUCAGUUCAGUCGCCCGGGGGUGCAGCGCCAGCGGCAGCAGUGGCUGCGGCGGCGGCGCCGCCGCCGCUACCGCAACCCCGCGGCAUGCCCCGGGUCGCCUGGGACCUUCGCCAACUAGCCCUGCGUAGCGCCAGCGUCACCGGCGGCGGCCUGGCUUCCGCCGCCGCUGCGCGAAGCUCAGCGGCCUCCGCCGGCCUCAGCCGCCUUGCACGUAACGCGUCCUUCGACGGCCUAACGCUGAGCCAGAUGCGCAGUUGGGGUGCGGCUGCCUACGAGGCUCAUGGGACUCGCAACAGACCCGGUGGCGCCGGCGACGGCGGCCGCCAGGGGUGUCAUCGGGCCCGUUUGGCCCGGCACCAGAGCGCGGAUCAAAGCGGCGGUUGCGCCAGUGGCGGCAGUGACGGAGGCGGCGACAGUGGCGGGGCGGAGGCGACGGCGCCGGCGAGUGCGCCGCCGUCAGCUGCUCCGGAGCUGGACCUGCGUCGGCAACAGCGGUGGCGGGCAGACCGCGGAUCCCCUCACACGCCAUCGUUGCUUUCGCUGCGAUCACGCCAGGAGCGCCAUCUGACCGCACCGCAACAGGAGCUAGCUCGGUCACCUGAACAAUCUCACUCCUUAGUCUUACAGCCACCGAUCGUGGGGGCUGCGGCGGCACCGCCAGCAGCGUUUGAGGACCCGCGCAGUCACAUCACCAGCAUUAGCGCCGCCGGUGCCGGUGACAGCGGCGGCGACAGCGGCGACGGCGGCGGCGGCAGCGCACGGAAAUGGACGCCGGCGGCGCUUUGGCCUGUUCUGACGUACAUGGACUCCUCGAAUGACUGUACGGCAAUGGACGGUAUGACAGAGAACGAGGAGGCUGUGCGGCAAAGCAGCAACAACGACAACGGGGAGUCCCGCGUGCGUAACUGCCGUUCCGAUAGAAGCGAUGGUGGCGGCGCCACCGGCGUCGCGCCGUUGGCACCACAUCAUGCGACGCCAACGCUUUGGCUGUCGGCGCCGACGCCGACGCCCGGGCCAUCUGAAAUAGACGAUCCCUCGACAUCAUCCACUUCCGCCGCCGCUAUCUCCUUCGCCGGAGUUAACGGCUCGUCCGCCCGAGCCUCACACCUGCUCUUCGCCAGGCGGAGCGCUUUUGCUGCCGGACAACACCGCAGCGCCGGCGGCGCCGGCAGUAACAGCAGCCGCUGCCGCCGCUCCUCCAUAGAAGCCCCCUCCACCACCGCCGCCGCCACGGGCUUUCCAUCCCGCCCCAAAACCCAGUCAGCCUCCGAGGUCCUUCCCGUGUUGUCAGCUGUAACACUGGCCAUGCCUGCCACGGCAGAUGGCUCCGCCGACGCUGCCGCCACCGCCGACGUCACCGCCAAUAUCAUCGCCAACUCGCUCCCAGGCUCCAGGCAGACGGUAACUCAGGCGGCCGCCGGCGCGGCGGGCCGUACAGCCAUGGCGAUUCCCGCCUCCAGCACCCGAAGCACCCCAGGCGCGGGUGGCGGUCUCGCCUUGCGUGUGGGCAGCCCCAUGCAGCUGCCAUCCAGCAUCCUGGGGGAGCCCAUGCUGCUGUCGCAUGCGCUGACGGGGGCGACAGCGGGGGGGCGCAGCCGCUCUGGAAGCACUCGAGGGGGAGUUGCCUACUACACGGGCGGUGCAGGCGGCACGGGUGCUGGGGCACUGCCCGGCAGCGGAGGCCUCCUCUUCAGGGGCAGCGGCGGCAACACGCGACGGCCGUCACAGUUGGACAGCGGGCCCGAAGGAGCAGCACCCCAUGACGGCGCUGACUUCCUCAGCUGCACGUCCUUCGGCCACGACCGACGGCACAACCCGCUGCACGACCCGCAGCAGCCGUUGAGCGGCAGCGCUGCCACCGUACGCCGCACAGGUAGCGGUACGGUGGUGUCGUACAUGGACGCGGGUGUGUCGUACAUCUCCCACAUGCGGCAGCUGUGGCACCCGGCGGACGAGGGCCAUCCGGACGCGCUCCUGGUGCACCGGGGUUUACGGCUGCGGCUAGGGUUUCACACGGGGCUGCUGCAUGCGUCGGAGGUGCAGCACAACCGCGCCACGGGCCGAGCAGCCUACUCGGGCGCAUUCCUGGCGGUGGCGAGGGAGGUGUCCAACGCGGGCCCCGGCGGCUGCGUGGUACUAUCGGAGGCGGCGAGGAGGCGACUGGUGGCGCGGGGCGCCUUCAAGCCCAGCAACCCACUGGGCUGCAUCUACAUGGGGCACUACAGCGGCUCAGCGCCAAUACCAGAUGCUGCCGUUGCCGCCGCCGCCGGCGCUAUCGUCACCUCUGGUGGCGCCGCCGGCAGCGGCGGCGCCGGCGGAGGCGCGAGUGACUCCACAAACGUUCCCUCCUCCGUCGCCAUUGUUGGGGUUUUCGCCACUGCCGAGGCCGACUCCAGCACUGCCGGCGGCGCCUCCGCCGCCGCAACCGUCAACACGGAGCUCCUGCUGCGCGGCCCCGUCUCCGGCCUGGCGUUAUACCAGCUGACGGGCGGCCCGGCGGAAAUGUUCACUGCGCGGCUGGUGCUUCAGGGCCCGCUGAGCCGCUGCGGGGCCUGCCAGCUGCCCGGCAGCACCUGCGCGCCGCUGCGGGGCGGCGGGCUGGCGGUGGCGGAGGUGCAUGUGCAGGGCGCCGCCGCCAUCCUGGCGUGGAACCACGAACUGGGCGCCGAGGCGCUGCAGCUUUGCCUAACCGCCAUGCAACGGCUGGCGGCACUGAGAGGGACCGCCGCCGCCGCUAGCGGGGGCGGCGGCGGUGGUGGCGUCGGCGUCAGCAGUCUGGGCAGCAUGAUUUACCUUUGCACCGAGGACGACCCGUUGACGGGUGGCGUUGGCGGCGCCGGCAUCAGCGGCUACGGCGGCGGCGGUGGGUUCCUGGCGACUGGGCGGUUGGUGGCGGUGGCGGAGGAUGCAGCCAGUCUGGCGGCGUGGGUGGCGGACGUGCAGGCCAUUAUGCCUCGGCUGCCUUGGAGGGAGGAGCUGUUGCAGCAUGAGGACUGUACGGAGAUUGCGAUAUCCCGUACGGCAUGGCCCAGCUCCGGUACGGCAGGCGACACGUCAAUGACGCCGCCACCGACGGCAAGGCUGCCGUCGCCGCUGCCGGGGGCCGCCGCCGCCGCCGCUGGUGCGCUGUCGGUGUCGGCACGGCUACCGGCGGUGCUGCUGGCUAGCGCCAAGGCACGCUUGGGGCUGUCGUCAAGCCCGAGGAGGAAGUCUUCAGCGGCGUUAUCAGCGGCGCCGUCAACGGCGCUGCCGUCAGAGUUGACACCGCCGUUGUUAUACGACGCCAGCGGCGGCGGUCGUCAUGUUGGCGGCGGCGGCGACGGUGGACUAACCUCGGAAGCCUUGUCUGCCGUGUUGCCUGCUGGCUUGCCACGGGAGAACAGUUGGACAAGCAGCGCCGGUGUUGGCGGCAACGCCACUGCGGAAUGGAUGGUGACCCACGGGUCACAUACUCUCAGCGCGACUGGUGACUGGCCACUGAGAGCCUCCCUUGACGAGAGGCUGCCUCCGCAAGCAGCCAUGGGAACUGACAGCUGCGUCGCUACCGUCACAGCUGCCGAUUCCGCCUCUGCUGCUCCGGAAGCAUCCUUUGCUUCCGGUGCGAUAGCGGCCGCAGCGCAGGCGAUGCCCUUCCAGAAGGGCGGCGCCUCGCGAGCGAUGGCGGUCUUGGCGGCGGCGGCGGCCGCCAACUCUUCCCGAGACUCGUCUCCAACGGGCGCCUCUUUUUCCCUCGCUCACCUGGCGAUGUUGCCUGCAGCGGGAUCGACAGCCCUUUUGUCCCAUAGCGCUGCCAAGCUGCCCGGGCAAAAGCCCCAUUUGCAGCCGCCACCUGCCGCCGUGGGCUACGGAAGCACUAGCAGCGGGGGUUGUGGUGCCGUCCCGCCUAUUAGCAUCUCCGGCGGCGGUGGCGGCGGCAGUGGUACGGUGCCAACUCGGGUGCCGUCAGGGGCGGCAUCGCCGUCGGAUGCGACAGCGCCGCCAGCGGCGUUGUGGAGUCGAGCCAGUGUCGGCGGUUACACCUCCCGACCCAAGGGUCGCUCCACCAUCACCUCUGUCGCCGUGGACAGCGACGGCCAUGGGAGCGGAAGCGCCGCCGCCGCCGCCAGCAGCGGCUUCCACCCGCUAUCUGGCUCCACUCGGCAGCCUCGGCCCGGCGGCAACUUCAGCCGCUCCUCUUUGCCGUCCAUGACGGAGUUAAGUACGGCUGCCGCAGCGGUAGCCGCGGUGCCGCCGCCGCCGACGGCACAACCUUCCUCCCAUGUAGGCUCAGGGCCAAGGCUGGGUCAGCAGGCUUCGGUGUCGCCGAUAGUAAGCUUUGUGCGGCACCUGACGGGCGGAGGCGGCGGCGCCAGCGGCGGUGUAAGCAGCGCCGCUGUGAGUGUAGAAAGCGGCGGCCGCGGCGUCUGCGGGUAUGACUACAGUGUCCCUUUUGGGGACCCGCAGGAUGGGGGGGCAGGGGGCCUUCCGCAGGUGGAAACCGGGACAGCGGGGCCCUCUCCAUUCGGGACAGCGGCGGCGCUGAUGCCGCCUUCGGAGGUGGUGCUGUUGCACCGCGGUCUGCGAUUGCGCAUUGGUCUUGACGUGGGAAACCUGCAGGGAACCCUGUCCAAGUCCUCCGGACGCAUCAUCUACCGCGGCCGGCCGCAGCACCACGCCCAUCGGCUGGCAGGACACGCGAGGGAGGGGCAGACCAUGUGUACAGCGGAAGCUGUGGAGGCGGCUUUGGCCGCCGCGGCAUCGGCGGCAGCAGCGGCAGCACCUGCAGCAGGGACGCCCUCUGCGGCAGCGGCGGCGGUGGCGCCAGUGGAUGUGUUGCGGACGGCUGCGACGGCGCCGCCGGGGGCCUUCCUGCCGGGGGCAACGGCUGCAGGCCCCGGCACGGUCCCCUUGCCCGCACGACCUCCCAGCUGCGGUGCUGUCCUAGAAACGACAGCGGCAGCACCACCCGCACCCGCGCCUCUGCAACAUCUGCAACCCCAGCAGCGGCAGCUGCUACAACCCAAUCACAUACAGCCGCAGCAGCAGCAGCCUCCUGCUACUGCUCAGUCCUCUCAACGACAGCUACCGCUAGCCGCCGCAGCAGCACCCGUCCCGGGGUCUCCCUCGCGUGCCACCCCCACUGCCGUUGGAGCUGGGAGCGGGGCAGCGGGUGGAGGCGGCUUCACGCAGCCGGUGCAGGUGCCGGUGCGGGAAUUGCUGCCGCCGACGGCGCUGCAGCAGCACAUGCCGCUGCAUGCCGGCAGUCGAGCUCAGUCGCCGGUUCCUGGCUUCCCGUGGUCGCCGGUGGCCUCACCGCUGCCGCAGUUCUGGGCUGGAAGGAUGUCUCGAGUGGCGCCGCAGUCGCCGGUGCCGCUGCUGCCCGCUGGAGGGGCAGGUGGAGGUGGAGGCGGCGGUGGGUUGCUGCCGAGUGGUGUUGUGGAGUUGUCGUACCACUCGCACGUGACCGGCUCCCAGGCGAGGAUGCGCUUCCAGCAGGUUCCGAGGCCCGGUAAGGCGCAUGGCAGCACGUUCUUGGUCUCCUG